CUUAUCAGCAAACAACACAGCAGCAGAAGUUGAUUUCUUAAGCAUUGCAAAGGGCAUUGUGAGGCUUCCUUUGUGAGAAUUCUGCUUCCUAUUCAGUUAUAAUAGAAGUCACAAUGACUACAACUAGAUCUCAAUAUGAUUAUGAUUAUUAUAUACCAACAUUAACUAAAGUGCAACUUCAAGAGGACUUACAUCCUGGAUACUGCAGGGAAGCAGCAUGUGUAAUCACAGUGAUCUCUAAUGUGAUCAUAUUCCUUCUUGGCAUCACUGGAAAUGGUGCAGUGAUCUGGAUUACUGGUUUUAAGAUGAAGAAGUCAGUGAACAGCACUUGGUACCUGAGUCUGGCUUUGUCUGACUUCUUUUUCUGUGCUACUCUUCCUUUCACCAUUGAUUACCUGAUUAAGGACAGCUGGAGCUUCGGGCUCUUUCUAUGCAAGUUCAACUCUUUUGCUAUGACCCUCAAUAUGUACAGCAGCAUCUUCAUCCUGGUCAUCAUAAGUGUGGAUCGCUGCAUCAGCGUCAGGUUUCCUGUCUGGGCCCAGAAUAAACGCACUGUAAAGAAAGCUUCGUUAGUUGUUGUGCUGGCUUGGUUUGUGUCUUCUUUGCUUAGCAUUCCAUCUGCCAAAUUCAGAGAGAUUCUAAAUGAAUCACCAGAAAUAUGCUAUAACAAUUAUGAGGAUCACCACAAAACCGUCGUGUUCAUGCGCUUUAAUUUUGGGUUUUUGAUUCCGUUCCUGACUAUUUUCAUCUGUUACACCAUCUUGAUCCAUAAACUUAGAUCAAACCAAAUGUCCAAAUCCACCAAACCCUACAAGAUCACCACAUUACUGAUCGCAACUUUUUUCAUCUGUUGGUUGCCAUUUCAAAUAGUUUCUGUUUUAGAGUUGGACAGAUCUGAGUACAACUCUGCCUUUAAAACAGCUCAACAGGUAUCUGGUACUCUCGCCAGUGCAAACAGCUUUCUAAACCCGUUCCUCUAUGCAUUUAUGGCCAAGGACUUAAAGAAGAAAUGCUAUUCCUUUCUUUCGAAGAUUGAGAGCGCCAUUGAUGAAGAAAACCGAAGUACUUUCAGAGCAACUUCAGUUACCAGUGCUACAGAUAAUGGACUUUCCACUGCUGUCUGAAAUUCUAACACGUGUCAUGGACUAAAUCUAUUUCUCUUUAUUCUCUUCCAAAUGUGGUUGGAGAAUUAUUUAUUUUUAUUGAUCUGCUUACCACCAGGGCAUCCAAGAUGUAGUUUACAGAACACAAACUGAGAUUUUU